CAAAACUACUUGUUAACACAACUACUUAUAUUUGAUCGUAUUGUGCUAAUUCCUUGUUUGUGACUCCAUAAAAUAAUCCGCAGAUAUGGCUGACGAAAUGGACCCGUGCGAGUGCCUGUGGAACCAUGAGAUGGCGAUGCGGCGGUUGAUUUCGCUGCUCCGCCAAGGCCAAUCCUACUGCACGGACAGCGAUUGCCUGGAACAGAUGCCUAGCCUUCCUGCGCCACAGUCAGCCGGGAACAGCUUCCUGUUGAUGUUCCUUACUCUUGCGCUAGCUGUCGCCAUGUACGCGUUUCGGCCGCGUGCGCGUGCGCAGAUCAUGGACGCUGACAAACCUUCGCGGAAUUCGCAGGGUCCUGACGAUAGCACACCGCCGGCACCGCCAAGAAUUUAAACAUCGAUGCUCGACGAUUUGGACACUUCGAAUACGGAUUCCAGUUAUUGUAUUAAAUAACUAGUAGAAGGUAACAAUGACAGGGCUGUAAUAAGCAGCUUAUUUGCGACGGUGUAACUCAAAUAUAGGGUAGGGAAAACGUAUUGCGCACAAAUGUUUAUUAAAAACCAAAAAUCAGAAUAGUUACAAGUUUUAAAAUGUUCAUUUAUUUGUAGAAAUUAUAUGAAAAAGUUACAUUCAUUUGGGAGAAAAAAAUGCCUAAUAAUUUAGACGACACAUUUGUGCGUACUGCGAAAAUGCAGUUACUGUGUCAGUUUUGAAUCUCUCGAAGAUCUGUAACCAUUUCGUCAAAGAACAUUAUUAAAGAAUCUUUAUUAUGAAUUCGUUGAUUAUUUUAUUUUAUCUGUACCUGUAUUAAGCGACCAUUCCGUAGUUUUGUAGUAAAUCGAAGAUCUUGGAUAGCAUUCAAAGCUGUUAUUAUUAUUAUCUUAUGCUUUACGAGUAUUUAUUUCAUAAAAAAUAUCAUGCCGCAAAGACAAUACUGAUUUUGCUUUACGAUGUUAGGUACCGAUAGUAUCAUUUAUCUGAAAUGACUAAAACAAUUGUUCUCAUUAUAAUGACGAGACUACUGUUUAAAAUAUGCCUUAUACUAAAUUCCAAAGAACACA